AUGGUAAAGAAAGGCAAGGUGAAGGCCCCAGCGCCUGCACCAAGCCAAGCCUCUGCAGCAUCCAAGGAUGGAAACGGCGGCAGUAAAGGUAAAAAGGGGCAAAAGGCCGCAGAUACGGCCUCUGCUGAGGUGUUGCCGCCGGUUGCCCCUAAGCCGACGGUGAAGCAGAUCAUUGGAGGCUCGUCCUGGACAGGCAAGCUGCCGGUGAAUCUGCUCAGCGAGUACUGUCAGAAGCAGAAAUGGGACAGGCCGGUGUACGAUACGCGGAAGACGCCUGAGGGCUUCUCGGUCUGGGUAACGCUGAGCGCCAAAGACCUCAAGACCCAGCAGACCAUUACGCUGGAGCCUUUCAAGAUCCCUUUAUCUCAUAAGCAUCUGUUACUGAGGGAUACAGCUCUCGAGGCCAAGCACACGGCUGCUACGUAUGCCUUGUUCAGGGUAUGCAGCAUGCAGAACAAACACAUGGUUCUCCCUCCGGACUACAAGUCUCUGUGGAAAGACUUCCAGGCAUUAAAGACUCAAGAUGUCAAGGAUGGAAAGGCGUGGAUGUACGAGGCGGAUCCGUUCAAGACCUUGCUGGAGCGCCAGGAUACCAAGGCUGCGGCAGAGAAGAAGCGGCAGGAGAUUGAACAGGCCAAGGCCAAAGCCAAGGAAUUGCCUGGAGCGGCAGGGUUGGUGCUUCUGAGCAACAGCGGUGGAUCUGGAUCCAAUGUGAUGAAGGGCUGGACGAGUGUGCCCAAGGUCGAGAUGGGGAAACAGACCCGAAUCCAGUUGGAGUCUCUGCUGCGAGAUGGCGUGACAUGGAACCCUCAUAACGUCUCCAUGACUCCAGCCGAGAAGAAGAGUGUCGUUUCCGAGCUUGGCAAACUGGGCUUCCGACAGAGCCACGUAGCAGAAGCCGUGGAGUAUUGCAAAGAUCGCCAAGAAACCCUGGAAUGGCUCCUGAUACACGUUCCCGAGGAUGAUCUCCCUAGGUGGGCUCUUCCCGAGAAGUAUUCAGCUGGUGUGACUAUUGGAGCUACAGACCUGAAGAGAGAAGGCAUAAUACAACGACUUUGCCAGACUGGAUACUCCCUGGAGCUGUGUACUCGUGUGUUGGAUCAGCAUGGUGGCAAUGAAGAUGCGGCUGCGGAAACGCUGCAGAACAUUCUUUUCCCGUCUGUUGCCUCAAACCAAGAGGGCGCAGAAGAAUCGGGAGAUGAUUUCCUUGAUUUUGGAACGCCUCAAGAACAAUGGGACGAGGAAGUGGCCACGUUAGAGUCUAUCUACGGCAACAACUUCCGUCGCGAUGGCGAUAACAUCAUACAAAUACGUCUUGAGUCAGUCAAGGAUGCACAAAACGGAGAUGUGGAAACUUAUCUACAAGUACGAAAGGGGUCAAGCUAUCCGAGGCACAUUAUUCUUGCCAUCGUCGCCAAGCUCCCCUCAUAUAUCAAACUCAGCAUCGUGAAGCAGAUGCUGGCUCAUAUUGAACAAGAUUUGCGAGACGAGCCAGCAAAGAUAUAUCUUACAGUCGAUUGGAUUCAGCAGAACAUCAACAGCAUUAUCAGUCACCCAGGCAAGCUUCUAGACAUUUCGGCAGUGUCCUCUGCUGCCUCUGAAAGUCGGCCAGCAACAUCUGUGGCCAAAAGCAAGCGCUCCCGUGGCCCACCCAGGCCUCUCAAAUGGAUUACAGACGCAAAGAGCAAGGAAGAAUGGUUCCGUCGACAAGAGAAUCCGUCGCAGAAGCAAAUGGUUACGAAGCGCCAGGCUUUACCGGCUUGGCAGAUGCAGGACGCCAUCAUCAGAACGGUGAACCAGAAUCACGUUACUAUUAUCAGUGGUGAGACUGGAUCAGGAAAGUCAACGCAGUCUGUUCAAUUUCUGCUGGAUGAUUUGUACGAAAAGGGCCUCGGUGGAUGUGCAAACAUGAUUGUCACGCAGCCACGUCGAAUUUCGGCACUGGGAUUGGCUGAUCGCGUGGCAGAGGAGCGAUGCUCGCGAGUGGGAGGAGAGGUAGGAUAUGCUAUCCGCGGCGAGUCCCGACAGUCUAGAGACACCAGAAUCACCUUUGUCACAACUGGUGUGCUACUGCGAAGACUCCAGACGUCUGGUGGCCGAGUAGAUGACGUCGUGGCCUCUUUGGCCGAUGUCAGCCACGUCAUCAUUGACGAAGUUCACGAGAGAAGCCUGGAUACCGAUUUCCUUUUGAAUCUGCUUCGAGAGGUCAUGAUCAAGAAGAAGGACAUGUUGAAAUUAAUUCUCAUGUCAGCUACGCUUGACGCCGCGACUUUCAAGACUUACUUUGAAACAGAGGGCCUGAGUGUUGGGAGCGUUGAGAUUUCAGGCCGAACAUUCCCUGUUGAAGAGUAUCACCUCGACGAUGUGGUUCGCAUGACAGGAUUCGGUGUUGAUGGACCUGAUGACGGAAGCUUUAUUGGUGACGAAACGAUGGGAAGAGUCAUCCAGAAGCUGGGUCAUCGUAUCAAUUACAGCUUGAUUGCGGAAGCUGUCAAGGCAAUUGAUUAUGAGCUGUCAUAUGAUAAAAACUCGGGAGGUAUCCUCAUCUUUCUACCCGGUGUUGGAGAAAUUAAUCAAGCCUGCAACAGCCUCAGGGCCAUCAACUCGCUUCAUGUUCUCCCCCUGCACGCUUCUUUGGAGACGAGGGAGCAGAAGAGGGUGUUUUCAAGUGCUCCUCCUGGAAAGCGAAAGGUAGUUGUGGCCACAAAUGUUGCAGAGACUUCCAUUACGAUUGACGACAUUGUCGUCGUCAUCGACAGUGGAAAGGUGAAGGAGACUAGCUUUGAUCCGCAAAACAAUAUGAGGAAGCUAGAAGAAACAUGGGCAUCUCGAGCGGCGUGCAAGCAGAGGCAAGGAAGAGCCGGUCGUGUCCAAGCAGGUAAAUGCUACAAACUAUACACCCAAAAUCUCGAACAGAACAUGGCGCCGCGUCCUGAGCCCGAGAUUAGACGAGUGCCGCUCGAACAGCUGUGCUUGUCGGUACGGGCCAUGGGCAUGAAGGAUGUAGUUCGAUUCCUCGGACGGUCUCCAACCCCGCCUGAAACUCCAGCAAUUGAAGGUGCCAUGACAUUGCUGCGGCGGAUGGGGGCUCUGGAUGGAGAUGAGCUCACAGCCAUGGGACAGCAGCUGGCCAUGCUGCCGGCCGACUUGAGAUGCGGCAAGCUCAUGGUCUUUGGCGCCAUUUUUGGUUGCUUGGAUGACUGCGUCACCAUUGCUGCCAUUCUCAGCACCAGGAGUCCGUUCAUUUCACCUCAAGAGAAGCGAGACCAAGCUCGAGAAGCUAGAAUUCGCUUUUACAGGGGAGAUGGCGAUUUGCUUACGGACCUGGAGGCCUUUAACCAGUGGGACGAGAUGAUGAGAGAUCGAGGAACGCCCCAGCGCCAGAUUAGAGGAUUCUGCGACGAGAACUUUUUGUCCUUCCAGACGUUAUCUGACAUUUCAAAUACGAGAACCCAGUACUACGACGCCCUGAGGGAAAUUGGCUUCUCGCCGUCUUCGUCUUCCCAAGCAACUGGCAAUACGCAGAAUUCUUUACUCCUGAGAGCGUUGAUAGCCUCUGCCUUUACGCCACAAAUUGCGCGAAUCCAGUACCCAGACAAGAAAUUUGCGAGCUCCAUGUCUGGAGCCGUCGAGCUAGAUCCCGAGGCGAGGGCAAUCAAAUACUUUUGCCAAGAGCCUGGCCGAGUGUUUAUACAUCCCAGCAGCACGCUGUUUGGCAGCCAGGGGUUUUCCGGAAACGCAGCUUACAUGUCGUAUUUUAGCAUGAUAUCGACGACCAAGAUUUUCAUCCGAGACUU